AUGGGUCACACGCCUGACCCUCGAGCUGCAACCUUUGCCUCGCUCCCGCCAGAGCUCGUCACGCACAUCGGGAACUAUACCGAUCUUGCCAGCGCUGCCUCCCUCGUCAGGGUGUCCCGCCUUACAGCGCUCGUGCUUGAACCGCGGGUCUGGCGAGACCUGGAUCUGUAUCUGACGGACGAGUUUUUGGAGAGGCCCAGCUUGAGCGGGGUCGAGCGGGAGGCGGGGGAUGUGGGAGAUGGGGCGGGGGCGGUAAUCGAUGAGGCGGCUCAGAACAAAGCAAGAGAGGCUUAUGCGCUCCGGAAGCUCGUCAAGGGGGUGAUGAGUCAUGGAAGUGAGAGAAGGUGGAAGAUGGUCGAGAGCGUGACGGUCGCUUCCCAGUCCGGCGCGACGAGAUGGGUACUACCCAUUUUGGAGAGCGUAUCCCCCUACAUCAAGUCCCUCGAGAUCUACGACGAGGAAGACAUCAGGCCGGACCCCACCUCGCUCGACAGCCAACUUCUCGCCUGCCAUCGGGAGCUCCUCGCUUGCGGUCUCGGGCCUUUCCUUCGGAUCGCUCGUCGUCGCCCGACUACACAAUGCGGCCCUUUACCACCUCCAAUUCAUCCCUUUCCUUUGCGACGCGGUGCCCAAUCUCCUCAUCCUGUCGUUCCAGCACGAUGCUCGCUCGAUAACGGCUGCGGUCCCCCCACCAUCGUCUCCCGGGUAUCCCCGUUUCCUUACUCGGGACACCAAGCUGCGGCACCUCGCAUGGGACAGACCAUUCUGGAUCUCCUCAGUCGUAGUCCGGAGCUCUCGGAGUUGUCGUGCAGGAUGAAGCAUAAUGCCUCGGACGCUAUGGCGAUGCGGUGCGUCAAGCACAUGCAGCACCUGAGCAGUCUGGAAUGGGGCUGGAAAGGCGUCAUCGAGGCGGAUCCUGAGGAGCUGGCCUUUGCGGAUCAGGGGCCGGUGUUCCCGUCAUUGAUGAGGGUGAUUCUGCGAACGAGAGAUUGGUCUUUUCCAGACACGUCGGACAGUAUUUGCCCCUCGAUGCCAUCGCUCGGGGCAGUCCACUGGGAUGUCGGCCAUCGUCCAUCCCCAACGUCCGCUAUCCUCGACUCGUCCGCUCUACCCCUCUCUACCCAUCCCAUCCUCUUCCCCCCGACAUUCGCUGCCUGGCUCCGGAGCUGCCCCAAUCUCUGGAUCAUCAACUACAUCGAGACGAGCGACUUUGACGACCGCACCCAGACGGUCCAUCGGCGGGACCCGCAGAAUCCAGCGGCGACGAGGCCGACCCGGAUGCUCUAUACCGGCGACGUGGCGUCUAUCAGGGAGGUGGAGGAUGUGGUCAGAGUGGACGAGGCGGUGUAUCAGAUGUUCUCGGAGUAUGUGGGGCUCGCGGUGCCUUUCAAAGUGAUUCAGCGGAAGGCGCAGGUGGAGGGGGGACGCCCAGGCGGGACUUGGGUCAGGCGGGGUGUGGAUGUGGGCGACAAGGCGUGGAAUGUGUUGACGAGCUGGAAGGAGUAUGCCCAGAACCACAAAUCGGGAAUCGAGGCGAAGCUGGCGGCGAUCAGAGCUAACGGCGCCGCUCUUCUACGAGGGGAAGAGAAGGUGGUGGCAACUCUUGAAAACCGACGCACGGGCUGCCUUCAAGCUUCCUCAUUGAUCUGCGCCAGUGAAGUCUUUCAACUGUCCAUCUACCUCCCACAUCACCAUAAGACGCAGCUAUGUCUACCUCGUCGACUGGCCAGACAGCAGCGUUUAGCUCUCUGCCGCGAGAGAUCGUCGCUCUCAUCGGACAUCACGCCGAUCUCGGGACCGCCUCCGCCCUCGCUCGGUGCUGUCGGUCAACCGCUUCAACGCUGGAACGGCGGGUCUGGCGAGACCUGGACCUGUUUCUUACGGAGGAGUUCCUCGCGCAGACACCAUGGCGUGGGGAGGUGGAGCUGGAGGAGGAAGAGAGGCUCGGGCACAUUCCAUUCGGGCAGAGCUUGCGCUGCGCAAGCUGGUCAAGGGGGUGAUGGCGCAUGGGAACGAGAGGCGGUGGAAGAUGGUGGAGAGCGUUACGCUCUUCUCCCAGUCGCCCACCUCCAGCUGGGCGGUGCCCUUGCUGGAGAAUGUGGCGCCAUACAUCCGCUCACUGGACAUUUUUCAGGAGCAGGGCGUCCAUCGGGACGCGGACUCGAUCGACAGCCAACUCCUGGCCUGCCAUCGGGAGCUUCUGCUCUGCGGUACCGCCCUAUCGUUCGGCUCGCUUACGACCGUCCGGCUCUAUGUUGGCGCACUAUACCAUCUACAAUUCAUUCCCUUCCUCUGUACCUCCGCACCCAAUCUGUCGACGCUGGAAUUCGAAUACCAGGCGCAAUUACAGUGCGGAGCGCGUAUUCCGGAAUCGUCCCCAGGUUGUCCGCGGACUAUCUUGCGCGACACCAAACUCCGACACCUCGCGCUGCAAGCUCGGUGAUACGGAACCUCAUUGCUCGCAGUCCAUUACUGUCCAACCUCUCGUGUGAGGUGUACGACGCUCUGGGGAAGAAUUCGCUGGAGGAUGGCCUCUUGGGCGACAGUGUCCUCCCAUCUAUGCCUGCCCUGCGAGUCGUACAUCUCGACUGUGAUGGCCGGCCCGCAAUGCGACCGCGUGAUCUGGACACCAUCGAUCUCUCCGAAACGGACAACAUCAUCCAUUUACCCGCGGAGUUUGCCGCUUGGCUGAGACGCUGCCCCCGUCUUCGCAUGAUCAAUCACCUUAGGAUGUCCCAUCUACCCGCUGACUCGGGGCGGUUCGACUGGACAUACAAGCUGGAAGUCGAGGGGAGGGUCACGGGCCGCAUCUAUUCGAUGCGGCAUGCCGGAUCCGAGGUUCUCUACGGUUGCAUGGACUGUGUGGACGUUCACCGGCGUGAUCCAGUCGCGGCGAACGAGACGUACAUAACGCGCAUCCUCUACACGACCUCCAGCCCCGAAAUUCGUCGGCUCGACGGGGUCGUGGACGUCGACGGGCCCUUCGAGCACAUGUUCUCUGAUUUUGAAGGGAUGGUGGUGCCACUUGAAGUCAUUCGACGGAUGCAAAGGGCUGGGGGAUACGAGCCGGACGAACAUGGAUCGAUCAGGGGCGAGGAGGUCGGAGCGGAGGUGUGGAGUGUGUUGACGAGCUGGAAGGCAGAGGAGGAUGCUAGGUUGUCCGCUGUGGCUGCCGUCUCUCCCUGA